CCUGCUUUUUGUUCCUAAGAUCUGACGCAAGGCAAAGGCAUGGACAGAGUGUGAGCCACCCAUCCAACAUCACUUGUUAUAUAGGUGGGGCUUGGGCACAGUGACUCUGGGAAGAUCAGACAGAGAAACCCCGUGUACAUGGAGAGGAGGCUUCUCUCUGCUUGGAAGGACAGAAUGGUGCUUGGAAGGAAAGUGCGGGGAAGCAUCUUCUCCAUUGGAAAAUUCAAGAGACAAGAAGACAAGGAGGACUUCAAAUGAUGUCCUGCUCCUCUAGUGAUCUCUUGGUGCUACAACUACACGUGUGAUCAAGAGGGUGGCGAUGUCUCAGAGUAAACCCAGCAAAGAUGGUUCUACCACCACCUCAUCAGAGUGCCCUGUAUGUUAUGAGCUGUUUCAAUCUCCAAAAGUCUCACGUCGGAUGCUGAGCUGUGGGCACACCUUUUGCCAUGACUGUUUGGUCAAAUGUCUCCUGGUGUCACGGGAUGAAGGUCGGCUCCAGAACACCCUCACGUGCCCCGUCUGUCGUUUUGUGACCUUUCUCUGCAGGAAAAGGGCCCGCUGGCUGUCGAAGUCAGCCCUGAACCCUCCAGCUCUAGAGUUGCCACUUUCACCCUCCUCUCUUCCCUGUGGAGUUACCUUAAGUCCAUCAAACACUUUAGUUGUGCCUGGUCAUUUCCUAGCACCAUUCCAUGGUUAUGACACCCACCAGGAUAUGUGUGGCUGCCCUGGCAUAAUGCAGCCUGCUGGCUUGGAGCGGGAACCCCACAUCUUCAUUAUCACCCAAUGUGGCAUGCCGUUGAUUGAAGAAAACUUUGGUGCUGCCAUAGCUCACAACAACAAUGUGGAAGCUCCAGAAUCUGUGGCAUCUUCAAGAUCUCUGGGAAUAAUAAGUUGCUUCCGAUCACCAAUCAUGCUGGCCAUUUUCCUUGUUUCUGCUGUUGCUUUGUUGGGAGCCGUUCUCCCAUGGCUACUACUUGAGAGAAAGAAUGAAUGACAAUGGGGUUGAGGAUGGACUUCCUUAUAGGCCUAAUAUGAACACAGUGGAUGGACCUAAAUGAACCAUGGUGGAGGGCCUUCGUUUAGAAGCAUAACACAAAUAUAGUGGAUGGACUUUCCUAGAGGCCUAAGAAGAUGGUGAGUGGUAGACAAACUAUUCUAGAAGCCUGCCAUGAAUGUGAUAGAUAUAAUUCCUUAUAUGGCCCUAGUAUGUAGGAUCUUCCCCUCUCUCUUGUGGAGCUACAGAAUGGUCCAGGUUGUUCCUUGCUCCCUGUGAAAUAUCUGUGAAACUCAAAGGUAUCAAAGAUUGAUGGAAGAUCUCUCAAGAAAACUGUGAACUGCAGGAAAUAAUGCAUUUUUUCUUUGAUCCAGAUUGAUAAUUUAUCAGGAAUGGUUCAGGAGAAUGAGAGGCUCUGAGUGAGUCUCAUAUCAUCCUGUUACAAGGGCAUUAUUUGUCUCUUACAAGGUAAUCUGCCCUUUCUCCAAGAAGCUGAAGGGGAGUUCAUUAUUAUUUCCAACUUCUCUGGGGUGUAGUCAAGAUAGGUAGAGGGGUGAUGACUAUCUGGUGAGUUCUACAGAAGACCAGGAAUCUAAGCCCACAUUAUCUGUACCCAAACCCAACUCACUAAGCACCUCUGAAGGAAAUAGUGAACUCCUGGGAAGAAGGACAUGCUGACAGUAGUGUUUCUUGCCAGCUCAGUGUUAUUCCAUCUCUUAUGUCAGUGCCCAUAAUUAUAAAAAAUAAACUGCAGACUUUGAAAGAAGCCUAAGGCAGUCAAGCAGUUCCAGCCUUCUAUCCUGCCCAGGUAAGUUGUAGCUUUUUGGCUUCAUCACCCUGAGGACUUUAUUGUGUAAGGUAGGCAAACUGACAUUACAGCUGGAAUUGUGAUAGUCCCUAUUGUACAAUGUCACAUGUAUUCUGCUGGUGGUGUGACUUUCCUCUUCUGUGAUUCUCCUGUCUCAAGCUAUUAAUGGGAAAACCCUACCAAUAGCUCCCAAUUCCAGAAUGUUCCCAUAAUCUGCCUUUGUACAAUGGGUCCCUUCUGUGCUGGUGUUUUUUUUUUUUCAUGUCAGGAGCGACUUGAGAAACAGCAAGUCACUUCUGGUGUGAGAGAACUGGCCGUCUGCAAGGACAUUGCCCAGGGGACGCCCGGAUGUUUUGAUAUUUUACUAUUCUUGUGGGGGGCUUCUCUCAUGUCCCCGCAUGGGGAGUUGGAGCUGACAGAGGGAGCUCAUCCACACUCUCCCCGGAUUCGAACCUCCGACCUGUCAGUUUUCUGUCUUGCCGGCACCACAAGUAUGCCGGCAGUGAAGUGAGGAUAGGAGGAGGAAUCCUUCUCCUCUCCCCCCUCUCUCCACUUUCUGUUGCUAUUCCAAACUUGUCUGUUUUCUUUUUAUUUUAUAUUUUGCAUUUGUAUUUGCUUUUUUGGGUUGUUUUUAGUGUUAGAAUUGUGCUAUUGAGCUACAAAAUAAAAAAGUUACAGAAUAGCAGUAGUGCAGGAAGGUGGGAUUAUGAGGGUGUGUGGAAGAAUAGUUGAGGGACCAUAAUGGACAAACUGGUGCAAUUGGACUAGGGAAGAGAGGUGCAAUAUAGAGCGUGCUCAAUGCAGCAUAUACAUUAUCAGUGAUAACAUGACUGUAGUAAAAAAAUGUGGGUUUGUGUGAAAGAAUCAUGAGAAGGUUUUCCAUCCUCCCUACCAGAAAAAAGAAUGGUGACCAAGGAAUACUAUUCCAGUCCUUAAUAGAGUGCAGUGGAGGCGGAACAAAGAUCCUUAUCAUUUAUAAUGUACAUUUAUCAUACACUUUUUAACCUGCAUCAGAUGUUGUGUCCGGAAAGCCAAGUAAUAAUGUACUUCAUGUAAUGCUCAAUCUCAGAUAAUAUAGUUUAAAUUUGGUUUUGUUUGGCUUUUGUAACUUCUGUUUUUUCUACUUUUGAUAUUGUUGCUAUUGUGUAAAGCUAAUUUAAUAAAAUGUUUCAUUGAUGUUGCAGCCAUUAGUGUACAAUCUCUCAGAUUCUAAGAGCAGUUUUUGUCAUAUUAUAUGCUUUUCAUUCUCAAACUUAAUAAUCUCUUCCACCCUAUCAGUUUUGCUUAUACCUAGGUAGGAAUACCUGGUUCUUAUGCACUCUUGACCUCUUUAUGCGAUCAAAAGACCAUGCAGUUUGCAAUCACUGAUGGCAGUCUUCUUCUAGCUGCCACCUUUCAGAUGUUGGCUGGGUGUGAUGGCGCUUCUAGGAAAGCGUGUCUAGAGAGCUACUGGUUUGAAAGGAGCUUAUUUAACCUCAAAUCUUAAUCUUAAACCAUCUUAAACAGUCUCAUAGAAUCAUAGAAUUGGAAGAGACCUUGUGGGCCAUCCAGUCCAACUCCUUGCCAAGAAGCAGGAAAAUGGCAUUCAAAUCACCCCCGACAGAUGGCCCUCUAGCCUCUGUUUAAAGGCCUCCAAUUAAGGAGCUUCCACCACACUCCGUGGCAAAGAGUUCCACUACUGAACAGCUCUCACAGUUAGGAAGUUCCCCCUAAUGUUCAGGUGGAAUCUCCUUUCCUGUAUUUUGAAGCCAUUGUUCUCAUAUUUUAUUUUAUUUAUUAUGUGGAGUAGCAGGGAAGUAUUUGACAAUAACCAUAUUUCUCAUACAAAUUAUAAGGAAUGUUUUGAAGAAUCUGAAUGCAUUAUUUUGGAAUCAUAGCAGAAACUUUACUGAGAACCUAAGUAAAUGUGAUUUGAAAAAAAAAUGUAAUUAGACCUCCCGAGAAUGGAAUUAAACUUUUAAAUUAUAACACAGAAGGUGGAUUGAUUGCAUUUAUUUUAAUA